UUUCUGUCCAUACUCGAUACAGCGUCAGUUUCGGAAAUAUAUCAGUUUAUUGUUUCGCCGGGUAGUCUUCCACCUACACUAGCGUCGUAAAUAUUGUAAAACUUCAUAAACUUUCUAAAAAUGGCGCCUGAUAUAAUGGAACGCAUUUUCAAAAUAAAACAAUCGCUAUCCUACGGCAAGGAAGAACAGCCUUCCAAUAAUGCAUCCAAUAAAUUCGGCGAAACUUCAAAAUUUCUUCAAAAUAAGCGUUGCAUGGGGGAGAUCCUUCUACUGAUCAGAUUUAUGGCCGAAAAAUACGAAACUUCGCAGAAUGUAAGAGAUCAGGAAAAGGAUAAGAUUUCCGAUGUGUUAAAAAAAUGUAAAAAGUUAAUGAAACAACUCUAUAUGAUUUUUCCGUGGCACCACGAUGAAGUCGAACUGAAUCAACAUGAGCAAUACACCUAUCAGUUUCUGCUUAAUUCGGUUCUCUUCGAACUGGAGAAAAUUGCUGAAACUUUGCUGAAAGACUGUCAGUCCUCCAAAUCUGAGAAGCAAAAACCAUUUUGUAAUACAGAGAACAUCGAUGAGUUGGCCGAUCUUCGGAUCAAGUUGAAGAAUGCGGAAACAAAGCGGCAACUGCAGGACUUGAGUCACAAGCUAUUGCUUUUGAAGGAAACUACUUUGGCCAGCAACGCCAUUGCAGCCCAAAAAAAAGCCGAAGAGGAACUGGCCAAGGAGAAGGAUUACGCUGCGGAUCUUAGAAAUCGUCUAGCAAUUACCAAGCGAAACCUAGAAUUAGCCAACGAUGAGAACAGGGAACGUAAGGAAGCCUUUAUAACACUGCAGAGAAGCUAUAUGGCUCUGCAGAGAGAUCAAUCAUAUAGAAAAGAGUCUGACCCCGAAGAAAUCCAAGAGAAACAAGUGAAAUAUUCCAUCAUAGAUUCAAAUAAAACUCUAAAAACCUCGUCAAGUGCCAUGAAAAUCAUCAGAAAGGAACUGGAACCGAAAACGCUGAGUGUUUUGAAACAGCAACUCAGUUAUGCCCGAAUAUCGUUAGUUGAGGCCAAGACGACUGUUUCGGAGAUCAAGAGGGAUAUCUCCAACCUGUGCUAUAAAGAUACCAUGAUCUUGAACCGAACAAAAAAAAACAAGGCCAAAAAGACUCUAAUAACUUUGAAACACACUAGACAAGACACAUUGCGGGUAAUCGAUGGGGUCCUUAAAGCUUUCCAGUUUCAUAAGCAGCUAAAGUUUCCCGCCUGCAAAAUAAAAUGGCGAGUAGUGUGCCGCUCUUUGCAGGAAAAUCUCCUUAAAGUUCGGGAGAAUUGGAGGUACUUGGAUCUGGAGAAUCUUAAAAAGUGUUCAAUAAAAGCAGCUACCGAUUUAAAUCUAUCAUCUGCAAUGAGCCCUAGAGGAAAUCCUGUCAAACUUCCGUUUGAUUAUCCAGAGAUGUGGUGGGACAAGAUAUACUCCCCGACUAAAACCGCCUCGGAAACUACCAUCCUUUUUUCAAGGACAGAGGACUUCAAAGUAGAUCCAUCCGUAACAAGCAAAGUGUCUUCGAGGACCGUGGUCUCCAACGCCUCUUCGCUUCGGGCUUUCCAGGGCAAGACCUUCGGUGACCGUCGCCUUUUGGUUUUAAAAUGGUGCCAAGAAAAGACCAGACCCUAUGGUGUUCCCAUGUACGAGUUUUCCAACUCCUGGACCAGUGGACGCGCCCUUUGUGCCAUCAUCCACGCCUAUCGCCCUCAACUCAUCGCCCCCAAGUAUCUGCGCCGGACUGGACCGGUCGAGACGAUCAAAUUCGGCGUUGGGGUUGCUCAGGGUCUGGGUGUCUGUAGCCCCAUCGAUCUCGUCCAGGAGUGCUCCCGGGAGAAGCCCGACUACGAGAGGGUGUUCGAGUUUGUCCAGGAACUGCAGCGUUGCCUGGAAGCCCUGCCUUAAUAUAUUUUCUACUUUUUUGUAUAUUUAAUACAGUGGGGGCACGAAUGCCGUCGCAGUUCUUAAUAAAUAUACAUAUAUAUAUUCA